AUGUGCACACAGACGGCGCCGGCCGACUGGCGCCAGCAGUCUACGGAAACGUUUCUCGCGUCCAUGGACAGCAUGGGGUAUAACAACGCGCUGCAUCACUUGGAAGGCACCGGCUCAAAGUUUGCGAAGGAGACGCGUGUUCUCUUGCGAGAGUUGGAAGCCAAGGUCAGCGCAGCGGUCUCGUUAGAGCGAGCAAUCGAGCAAGCGCAAAAGCAACGUAGCACCAAGGAGGGUAGCCGCACGUUCCAAAUGAUCCUCACCGCUGCGGCGUUUCCCGUGGACGACGUAGACGAGGCUCCAUCGGUGUCAGCAAGACGUAGGGCAGCGGCGCUGGGGGUUCGCGAGCAAGCCUUCAACUUUGCGGCGGAGCGUGCCAAGAAGUUGCUGUCCGAUCUCCAACCAACCGAGGAGAUAAAGCGCGGUGUCUACUGGUUUUGGCCCCGAGCUAAGCAAAGCAAUGCCGCCAGCGAAGAGCUGCUGGAGUUGAUGAGACAGUACUGGCACACGGACGAGGUGUUACGCCAGCAUGGCAACUCAGCUGAGCGCGACAUGUGGAAGGAAAGCAAGUCUCCUACAGCUCACCGCCACCCUCGGCGGCAGCUUACGGAGCGGGGUGGGGGCGAGGCGGUGUACGCCAAGUUCCUCAACUGGGCGUCCUACAAGAGCUUUAAGGAGCGACAGAGCGACAACUUCACGGACCCUGGCCGUACGCUCUUCCUCUCGACGCGUUGCAAGUGCCUGGUCCUCCCUGCAAUGUAGCAGUGCGUGUGCAAGAUCCACUCGCAGCAGGUGCUAUACAUCGAGGCGCUAGCCAAUGUCGACAUGACCAGCCACGGGGAAUGCGGUUGUCGAUGG